GAUGCAUAAAGGCAGAGGACAGUGCGCGCCACUGGAUGCGAGCAGCUCAAAUCGCAGCAGCAACUCCACUCCAUGUUUUGCCCUGCCCUUGUGCGCUCUGCUCGCCGUGCAGCGUGUCUCCGUUGCAUUUUGCUUUCCUCACACCGAGACGAGCACUGGGCUGCUGUGUGUGCGGGAGAAGUUGUUUGCACAGAGAGCACCAGGUAGCAACUGUCUUCUUCAAACGGAUUCGUCCAAGCUGGGAUCAAUCGGACUCGUCAGGGUCUUUUUCAUAUUCGAGGUGGAAAAGACGAAGCUUUUGCAAUGAGGUGGACGUACCAGUAUCUAAAGUGAGGAGUGAUUGUCAUUUUUUUUCUCUUCUUUUUGUUUUAAUGAACAUCUGACACCUGCUCACUGGAGACAUUUUUUUUUAACCAGCUCUUCUGGGAUUUGUUUUGUUCUUUUUUUGACAGAGCUCGUAUUUCCCUGUGAAACAUUAUCAAGGAUUUCACUGAUGUAUGCGAUGUGGAGACUGCAAGUCGCCUUAUGUACUCUGUCGGUGCUGUCCCUGUCAUCUGCUGCUGAAAGCAAAGCGCGGAGCUGUAGCGAGACUAGGCAAGCUUAUAACGCUAAAGGAUUCAGCCUCGUCAAUGUGCCUCAUCAGGAAAUAUCAGGUGAGCACCUGCGUGUCUGUCCUCAGGGAUACACCUGCUGCACAUCCGAGAUGGAGGACAAACUCAACCAGCAGAGCAAACUGGAGUUUGAGAACAUGGUUGAGGAGAGUAGCAACAAUAUGAGGACGACAUUUGUCUCGAGGCAUAAAAAGUUUGAUGAGUUUUUCUUGGAGUUACUGGACAAUUCUGAGAAGUCGCUCAACAGUAUGUUCACACGGACAUACGGCAAGCUGUAUAUGCAGAACUCGGAGGUGUUCCAGGACCUGUUCACUGAGCUGAAGCGCUACUACACAGGGGGCAACGUCAACCUGGAGGAGAUGCUUAAUGACUUUUGGUCCAGGCUGCUGGAACGCAUGUUCCAGUUACUCAACUCCCAGUACCACUUCACAGAUGACUACCUAGAGUGCGUCAGUAAAUACACAGAUCAGCUAAAGCCCUUUGGAGAUGUGCCCAGGAAACUGAAGGCCCAGGUCACCAGGGCCUUCAUUGCUGCCCGGACAUUUGUCCAGGGGCUAAUGGUGGGUCGGGAAGUUGCCAACAGGGUUGCCAAGGUGAAUGUAGCACCAGCAUGUGUCAAAGCCUUGACUAAGAUGCUGUACUGCCCAUACUGUCGCGGCAUGCCUGGGCUAAAACCUUGUCACAACUACUGUCACAACGUUAUGAGGGGCUGUCUUGCGAACCAGGCAGACCUAGAUGCUGAAUGGAACCUCUUCAUCGAUGCUAUGUUACUGGUGGCAGACAGACUGGAGGGACCCUUCAACAUUGAAGCAGUUAUAGAGCCAGUUGACAUCAAGAUCUCUGAGGCCAUCAUGGCCAUGCAGGGCAACAGCAUGCAAGUGUCAGCCAAGGUUUUUCAAGGGUGUGGCCAGCCAAAGCCAUCAGGAAUAGGCAGGUCUGCGCGUGGCAUCUCAGAUGUGUUCAGUGCUCGCUUCAGACCCUACACCCCUGAAGAGAGGCCAACCACAGCAACUGGAACCAGCCUGGAUAGACUGAGGGUUGUGUGGAGGACAAUGCAACACAGUGUGAUUGACAUCAAAGAGAAGUUGAAGGAAUCCAAGAAGUUCUGGUCCAACCUGCCAGAUGAUAUCUGUGCCAAGGGCAAGCUCACAGAGUCUGACGAGGAUCAGUGCUGGAACAGCCACACAAAGGCUAGAUAUUUCCCUGAGGUGGUGAAGGAGGGUCUAACCAACCAAGUGAACAACCCAGAGGUGGAUGUUGAUAUCACCAGGCCUGACACACUGAUACGACAGCAGAUCAUGGCUCUACGUGUCAUGACCAACAAGCUAAAGAACGCCUACAAUGGAAAUGACAUCUACUUCCAGGACUCAAGUGACGAGGGCAGUAGUUCCGGCAGUGGCAGUGGCUGCUCUGACGGCUGCACAACAGAGUUUGUUUUUGUUGGAACAGAGGCUCCUGUGAUCGGAGCCGACAGAAGCAAUGAACGUGCAGCAGCAGCAGCCGCAGGCAAGUCAUUUUCCCGCGGACCCUCCCUACUGCUGGUGGUGGCCGCCCUCGCACUUCCACUCUGGGUAAUACAGACUCAAUGGAGAUAAUACACGAGUGUGGCCUGAUCACUGACUUUUUUACUGUUACGUACAGUACAGUAUGUGUAACAGCAAGUUCUACUGCUGUUCCCUCACUGGACACUGGAAACCUGUCGAGAAUGGCUUACUGUGUUGUAUGGUAGGACUGGCAGUGAGUGCAGUGCUGCAUCCUGCUCGUCCCCCAAAUAAUGCUCGGUGCCAUCACUGAACCAGCUUUCUCAACAAAAAAAAAAAACAUGUGGUAUUUUUUCUCAUUAUUCUAAAGUGGGUUUUAAAAAAACUAGUAAACAAUCGGAUCUGAUUUUUCAGAUAAAAUGGAAUUUAUUUUUGUUUUACUUUGUAUGAUGAAGUUGUGAAAACAAGACAACACCCAAUUUGUCUUAUUAGUCUUUUCCCCCUCAGAUAAAAGGAGAAAGUCUUACUGUGUGCAUGCAUGGAAAUAAUGUUAACUGACAAAAACAUGUUUUAGUUUUUUUUUUUUUUUAUGCAGGCUACACAGUUUUGGAUUGGUUGGUACAGCAUUGUACAGUGCUAGCAGUUUGGUCAUAUCAUUAUGGCUUCAGGAAGCAGCAGUUUUUACAGCCACUUUAUAGUUGCACAUUUGAUUAUCUCUAAGAAAUUGCUAAUGUACUGCACUACUUUGCACAGAUUAUUUUUGUCGGCUUCAUAAGUUUAUAAAGCUACAGGAAACAUCCACCCCAUAGAGACGGAAUAUCUAUAUUUUCAGAUAAUUUAACUGAUUGUAUUGUACUUAUAAACGGUUGCAGUAUGUAUUUCACUGGGAGGUACUGUCAUGUUAUCUUACUGGUUUAGUUAAUGGCUACAUUUUUUAUAAAUGUUGUUUUUACAAAAUAUUUGAUCACCUCUAAAAAUUAAGCCAUUAUACUACAAUUGCCUGCUAACUACAUUUAGUUACCUGAUUAACAUUCUUCUUUUUGGGUACUUAACACGUACUUAAACAGUUUAUUUUUUAUUUUUCAGAGGACUCAGAGUGUAUUAGUGAUAUUAGGUAUAUGUUAAUGACAUUUUAUGUAUUUUCUUUGCUCCCAUGCUUUAAUUAUUUAUGAUUUAUGUUGAAUGUUUGUAUUACUUGUUUAUGUUGAAUGUAUGAAAGGUUACACAUUACCCUACACCUGGAAGUUCAGCCCGCUGACAGGCUUUGCAGGUUCACCCAUUCACAUUUUGUGGAGCACUAUGCUGAAAUUUGCGUGUUGUUGUUUGGCCAAUCAUGACAGACCAACCACCCCUACAGGCUAAAGGUUAUACAAGGCCCAUGCUUUCCUAAAAGACAUGUACAAAGUCAGCAACUAAAA